AUGAAUCUUAAUUCUAUUCAUCUAAUGCAAAUUUAUAUCACUAAUUAUGGUAUUAUUAAUUUUCAUUGUCAACAAUUUAAUUCUAAUUCAGUUGACCAUUCACAAAAUUUAAUAACUAAAAUCAAUCAAGAAAACCAAUCACAAAAAAAAUUAAUGGAAACUGAACCAAUAACUAUAGAACCAUUAAAAGCAAUGGAAAUUACAACUCCAAAUGAAGUUCAACAAAUGAAAAAAUUUUUAAAUACAUUAAGUCAAUUUAGUGAACAAAGUAAAUCAAUUUUAACAGCAACUACAUUACCAGAAAUUUUACCAAUUGGAGAAUAUGAAAUAGAAUUAUUAAAAAAAUGGUCAAAUAAAACACAAUAUCAAAUUAUUUAUCGUGCAACAAAAGACGGAUUAAAUAAAAGAACUUUAAUGAAAAAAAUGUUCAGGUCAUAA